AUGUCGAUUAUUCGAGAAAAUGGUAGUGCACAUGUUACUUACAUUCACGACCAGCGAUACGUGCAACGAGAUGCGGACAUCAUUGAAACCCUAUCAAGGAAGGUGCAGAACCUGACGAUCGUGUCGUCGGUGGCGCUCAUCAUCGGCGUGCUGCUGCUAGUGGUGGGGGCGCUGUACUUGACGCGGCUGCUGCGCGCGCACCGCCACCUGCUCUGGAGGUUCACCAAGCGCGGCGCCGCGCGCUCCUGCAACGCCAAACAGAAGCUUGCAGGUGGGCGCGGGCGCGGAGGACCCGGAGGCGGGGCGCGAGCGGCGGCGGCGGGGCUGCAGCUGCCGGUGGCGAGCGCGGGGGCGGCGGGUGGCGGGCGGCGUGGCGCGGGGCGGGGUCGAGGGCGCGUCGCCGCCCACGCCGUCGCCGGCGGCGCUCAGCGCUCCGUGUCGCGCGACGUGGCCACGCCCGCCACCACUCCACGCCGCUCAGCCGGCCUGCGCCACCCGUCCGAGGACACCACGCUCGAGUACGCGUACGACAACCCGGCGCUGGCGCCCAGCCCCAGCCCCGGCGCCGACGCGUCCGCCUCGGCCUCGCGCCUC